UGGCUGCUCAUUUAAGUUUGUGUGUCUCUACUGCGGAAAAGUUCCAAAUUUCUAGUGGCAAACGAAGUCAAACGUUCGUUAGCAGUGCAGCAAUCGAUAGUAUCGUUUUGUAAAAAGUAGUAUUUAGUAUUUGUAAACUAGGAAAUCGAAUCGAAUAAGGAUAAUUCGCGAAACAAAAAACGCGAAAAAUUAUAGUGCUACGGAAUAUAAAUUUGUAAUCUGCUGUGUGCGUGAGUGAGUUUAUAGUGUAAAGUGAAAAAAAUAAUACAAGAGCUCCAUUUUUUUUCUUCUGUGUUGAGCGUGAGUGCUUAUCGUACACUCUUCAUUCGCAAGAAAGAAAGAAAUAGCCAAACAUCUGUGAUACAUCAAGUGCAUACGAGUGAGUGAGAUAGACCGAGUGAUUCAUACGUGAGCAAAACGAGGACGAGUUUUGCUUGAACGUUUUAACUUUUUUUAGGCGAGAGGUAACAGUGUAUGCGUGUAGCGUGAACUGUCAAAACCUAGUAGUGUUGGUGACACAACGUUAAAGCGAACAAAAAAGAAACUUUUUUCAUCCAGCAAACGAGAAGUAGCAGGGAAAGUGAUAUCCGUGGGUUGUUUUCCAUCUAUUGGCUGAGGCGGAAUUAUGUCGGAAUCGAUAUCGAUGGACUUGCAAUCGUCGAUGCUGCUGGAAACGUUGCGGCAAACGCCGAGCAUACCGGAACAUCACCAGAAGGAUAGCGGUGGCAGUGGAUUGAACGUCGGAGAUGAGAAAGUUUCCUGCAAUCCUUGUUCACCGCUGUCAUCAUCCGCUGACAGUGGUGGUGGUAACGGUGGGAACAACCCGGACGGUAACGGCGAGAAGAGUGCAUUUGAAGUGAUGGACCCGGCUAUUCUAUCCGCUACGGCACCGACGGAAAGUGAAACAACAGCCGUGAAAGUGAGUAGCGACGAAAAGAUCAAUUGGACACGGUACUCGGUUAACCAGCUGCUAGCUCUUCGGAAUGGUGAGCUGUCGAAAAAGAAACCACCCUGCAUAGUGGAACCGAAGUCGGAAAAGCAUGCCAAGAUGUUUUCGUUGAUCACGAAACCAUCGGAAACGGCAAAUGACGAGGAAAAUUCAAACAACGGAGGUCCUGGAGGCUACGGUAGAAACCGUGCUGUCUAUUCGUCUGCUAACGGCGCCGGGUCAGGAGGUGGCGGAAAUGGAUCGAAUUCUACCGGCAACGGUAGUGGUGGCUCGGGAAGGGUGGAAAUUCGUCGAUCGGGUGGCAUGGAAUUGCGAGAUCCGAAAGAACGGUUACGUAAGGAGGAUGGUAUUGUCCUUUCGCCGCAACGCCGAUCGUUCAACAUGGGCUGUCAAAUGCCUGCAGCGCCUGCCUCCGGCAGUACCAAUCUAACCAUCGGUACUAGUUUGCUUCGAAACGAGCGGGACAUUUUAGGUGGUCGUGAGCGACGAAUAGGAAGCGGUAGAAUUUUAUCACGAGAUGUUUCCUGGGACUAUCGGCCGGACAAGGAUGUCGGGGAAAGCAAUGAUUACCGUUCGUCCAAUAAUCUGGGCUUUCGAGAUCGAGAGCGGGAACGCGAUUCCCGUGAUCCACGUGAUUCUCGAGAAUCCCGCGAGCAGCGGACCGAACGUGAAAAAGACUUCCGCAAAGAUUUCGAUCGUGAUCGGGAACGUGACCGGGACCGUGAUCGUGACGAACGCUUCGAGAGACGUCCGCUUAACCGGGACUACGAUCGGAACGAGAAAGAUUCCCGGAAUUCCCGUGCGUCACGAUAUUCCAACUCGUACGCUUCGAACAAUGAUUCUCACGGCAACAACAAUUACCAUUCCAACAGUUAUUCGUCGAGUAACCACUACCAUUCGAAUCAUCAUGACCGUCGCCGGCAGUAUAGUGAUAACAGGGAUGAAGAACCGGAAUGGUUCAGUGAACCAACGUCCCAAACGGACACGAUUGAAUUGCGCGGUUUUGAUGAUCCGCUUCCGGAGGAUGAUGCCAAAUCGGACAAGGAUAACCACAGUGACGAAAUGAAGUCCACUCAGCUGGAUGCGAAACGUACCGAGAAAGACACAGAAAAACGUGCUUCACCAGCGAUGCAAAACGACAAAAAUAACAAUCCGAACACCGCGGAGCUUGGUAACAGCACCGAAAAAGUCAACCAGCAGGGACAAGCUGAUUCGUCGCUUACUUCAUCGGCCAAUUCAAAUCAACAGGACCGUACACCCGGUGACGGAGCUAGCGAAAGUUCAGCCAAAUCGGCUGUCGGAUCCAACGCCGGUGCUCCGAACUCACUCAGCCAGUCCAAGAUUGCUGAUGAUGAUUUCAACUUUGAGGACUUUCUCAAACUUGACGCGCUACCAAGCAGUUUGCUAUAUUCUGACACCCCAAGCAAAGAAAGCGGAAGCACCGGUGGGUCUCGGUUUUCGCAAUGGUUCCGGCAGGACACAUCGCAAGCUCAGGCCGGCCAACAGCAAGCCGGACAGCAACAGCAAAAACCGCCACAGCCGGGCUCCCAAUUUGACAGUCGCCGAUCAUCGCUGCAGGAUGAAAUUAACAAUAUGAUCAACGAUUUCUCCUCGGCCGGACUGGACGAUCACAUUCCUGACACGAAUUCGAACAAGUAUUUCGCACCGAUCUCGCCGGCUGCCAGCACAUCGUCAAAUUCGCUGUUGGAUCUGUUUCAACGUGGCGAAAAGCAACAACAUCAGCGUGACCGGGAAAAUCACCAACAAAUUCAACCGACGUCGCAACAACAACAGCAGCAGCAACAACAGCAACAGCACGCUCAUCCAUUGCUGGGUGGUCACAACUCAAAUCAUCCGGCACUUCAACAUCAGCAGCAGCAACAACAACAACAACAACAGCAGCAGCAUCACCAGCAAAUGCAGAAUCGGAAUCUACAACAAAUGCUUGGAGUUACCGGUACAGCAAACAUGGGCGGAGCUCAUGGUUCACUGGGAUCUGUUCCGGCUGGUCCAAACGUAGGUCAGAUUCACAGUGUCGAAGAACUGGAGGCUCGUUUUCGACAGAACGAUGUCGACAGUAGCACCCGUAGCAACGCAAACGCAGGGCCUACUAUUCCAAGACUCAUCACCCCUUCAUCGGGAAACAUCGGCGCCGGUUUACCGUCCAACGUGGAUCAACAGCACGAACGUGAGAUGAAUGCUUUCAAGAAACUGCUAGCUUCCAUCACCGACAACCAACAACAACACGGUCAGCACGCGCACAAUGCUCAACCACCACCAGGAACUCAUUCCGCACACCAUCAAGCCCAUCCGGUCAAUAUGUUGCACCAUCAGCAGCAACAGAAUGAACUACUGCAGAAAAUGUUGCACCUAAACCAAAUGCAUCACCCAACCAAUGAUUCCCGUCAGGCGGAAAUACUCAAACGUCCGGAAGCUCAAGCUCUGCUACUUGGUGUCGCUCGCGGUGAAGUAUCCCAGCACAAUCUUUGGCAACAGUUGGCCAAUCCUGCCACAGCUCAGCCUCAUCGUGAAAUUCUCUCUUCGGUGUUAAGUUCUUUCAACACCAGCCCACGGGUGGUUUCACCCAAUAUUCUAAUUCAACCCAGCCCUGGUCCUAUUCCGAUUUUACCGCAAGCUACUGUCCCCCCGGUUACCGCGCAUCUACCACCUGUCGCUGCCGCGGCAGCAGCAGCUGCUGCCGCCAACAGUGCCAAUCUACUGUUCCAACAUCACUCGAAACAACAAAUGCGACUCUCUCCCCUCCCGAAUGGAAUCCCGCAACGGAUUCCUUCGCCUCGGGAGCUUCAGUUUCAUACGCAGUCAAUUAUGCAGAACGCUCUGAUUCGCAAAAAGUUAGAAGAACAGCGAGAGAACUAUCGCAAACGUCAAGAACAGCAACAGCAGCAGCAACAACAACAACAGCAGCAACAGAAUCGUAACCAACCGGAAGCAAGCUCAGUCGCAUGUCCAACAACCGCAACACCGGCACCGGUAGCAAACAGUUCAGUUAAUGCCUCGUCCACCCAGGCACCGGGAAAUCACUCCAGCACAGGCUCAACCGCUACCGUUGCGGCAUCUUCCGGCACUAUCACAACUCCGGCAAUUAUCAAUGCCAUCCCGUCGCCAGCCAAACACAGUCAGCAACCGCUGCAUUCCCAUUCGCAGCACACGUCCUCUCCGACUCCUCUGGCAUUCACACCGACCUCGGUGUUGCGCAAGAUGACAGCCGAAAAAGAAAAUGAACCGCUCUCAUCCAACAACAGCAACAACAACAACAACGGUAGCAGCAGCAACAGCAACAACAACAACAACAUCGCUAACAUCAUCAACAGCGUUGGAAAUGUGCCGAAUCCUCCAAACGAGCGUCCAUUGAUCGGUGCCAAUCAGAAUCCCAACAUUUUGCUUGGUCUCGGCGGUAAUCCUCUAUCGCAACAGCAGCAGCAACAGCAAAGAAACCUGAGUGCCCUGAUCGGGCAACCACCACCACUGCAACCGCCACCAACCCAACCGCAGGGUCCGCCUCCUCAGCUGUCUUCGCUGCAUCAUCUGGGUGGGGGACAUUUGCCGAAUCCGAUCGCGCCACAAUUGUCACAGCAGCAACCGCAGCCCGGCCAUCAACAGCAGAUGCGGGGCAACCAUCCGGCACAGUCCGGAAUGCCCGGCAACAUCCCGUGGAACUUGAAGCAACCCCAUCCCGGUCAGCAAAUCCCACCGAUUCCGAAGCCCCAGGGUAGACCGAUUCUGAAAGGUGGAAACGCACAACAGCAGCCCCCACAACAACCGCAGCACCCAUCCCCGAUGUCGCAGAUGUCGUUCGCAUCGAACUUGGAAUUCCAGCAGCAAAUGCAACAAUUCCAAAGUCGCAGUGGCAAUCCGAUACUCGGAGCCCAUCAAUCUCCGCAGCAGCAAAUGUUACAGCAACAACAACAGCAGCAGCAGCAACAACAACAACAACAACACGGUCAACAUCAGAACCAGAUGACUCCUCAUCUGCAGCAAUUGCUUCAGCAACGUCAACAGCAGCAACAACAGCGCGCUAUCCGAAACCAACACAUGCAACAAGUUCCACCUUCCUUCCGGAUGGGACCGAACCAACAAUCGCAACCCGGAGGACCGGGACAACAUCCUCACCAGGGCCCCCAGCAGCCACCACAGCAGCAGCAACCACCUCCACAGGGAGGCUCGGGAAUCAUCAACUACAACCGGGAUGGUGCCCUUUCACCGACCAGCAACCAACUGGCCCGUUGGUUUUCGCCGGAAUUGCUGGCCCAAGCUUCGGCCGGUAAGCUGCCCUCGCUCAACAUCGGUCAGGCCAUGAGCCUGGAAGAGUUCGAACGCAACAUGCAACAUUCCUCGGCGACGGUACACAACUGAACCGCAGCACGGGCGAGCCGCUCUCCGAGUAGCGCGCCACAGCAACCUUCUAGCCAACCUUCCUGGAUCAGUGGACCGGCCAUGCAACGGAUGCUGGAUCUUCGCCGGGAAAACAGCGCCAGCAGCAGCAACAGCAGCAGUAAGUUCAUUUGCCGACGCGAGUAAGUUUAUAGAGAUGUGUGUAGCCCAUUGCCGUUUACUAAAAUUGACUAGUAUUGAAGGACGACAUGUGCUCCAUUGGUCUCGUUACUGUUUUCUUCUUCCGUUUUGUUUUCGUUUUCAUGCAUUCUUUCGAACACAUCCCAAAUUGCUUGGAAUACAUCAUUAUCGUAGGAAAUAAAGGGACAUCAUGUUAGUAAAACAAGCACUACUGCACACCCCCCAUUUAACAACGGUAGAGCAAAACAGAAAAUUUAUGGUUAUAAUAAAAAAUAACUACAAAACAAAUAAAUAGUCAUUCUCAAACCCUCAACCAAUUUAGAUAGAUAGAUAGAAGUAAUCAAAUGUUUGGCUAAGUGCAGUUGAUAUGCAGGAAUUUUCAAAUGAUGUUACUGAGAAACCAACCAAGAACAAACAAAAAAAACUGAUGGUCUUUUGAAGUUGUUGAGUGUUUCUGCUUUUGGGUACACAUUCACAUGAAAACAAAAUAAAAAAAAUAAUGAACGAAUUCAUGAAUGUAGUACACAA